AUCAUAUGCCUGUCUUCUGCGAACUUGAUAUGGGUAAGGUACUUUUUACUAAGUCAAACUUUUCGUAUCGGAAUCUUUCGGCGAUGAAUCUGGACGCUGUGCGAGCUGAUCUUUCUAACUCUGAUCUCUGUAAAAACACUGAUAUGUUUGAUGUAAAUGAACUUGCUAUAUGUUAUAAUAAAACACUUGAAUCAGCCAUAAAUAGGCAUGCUCCAUUAAGAACUAAAACGAUCGUUACUCGGCCCUAUUUACCUUGGUUUAACACUGAAGUAAAAUCUGCAAAAAGAGAGCAAAGAAGAGCUGAACGAAAAUGGAGAAGAAAUAAAGAGCCUCAUGAUUUUCAAAUCUACAAAUCUAAGAAAAACUACACGAUAUUUGUAAUGAACCGUUCUCGGAAAAAAAUUUAUACAGAUUUUGUCCUGGCCGGAACAUAG